CACUCAGGAUUAAUGUUUAAAAUAAAAAUAAAUAUGUAAAUCAUUUUUAAAUCCAUGCUUUUCAUUAUUAUUACACUGAUUUCACUUCAGGCAUAUCUUAAGAAGUACGGCUACCUGCACGUCUCUCUGGACAGAAAAGAUCUCAACCAUCCACCUGAGAAAAUAACAGAUGCACUGAGAGUUUUUCAGAAAGUGGCCAAUGUUCAGAUGUCAGGAAAACUGGAUGCGCCCACGUUGACAAUGAUGAACAAGCCUCGCUGCGGUCUGGAGGAUUCUUUCAGUAACCAGCCCCUCAAAUAUCGAGUCAUGGGCUACUGGCGUAAGAAGAUGCUGACGUACCGCAUCUAUAAUUACACUCCUGACCUGGGUCCAGGAAAAACCCGUCAGGCCAUCCAGAGUGCCUUUAGGUAUUGGAGCGAAGUGUCGCCUUUGAGGUUCAUCGAGCUGCAUCAAGGACGGGCAGACAUCAAAAUCUCCUUUCACAGGAAGGAUAAAUCCUGUCCGGUGCCCUUUGAUGGACCAGGUCAUGUUUUAGCCCAUGCUGACGCCCCUGAAUCAGGACUGGUGCACUUUGACGAGGAUGAAUUGUGGACGGAGGGGACGAACUCAGGCUCUAAUCUGAGGAUUGUGGCAGCUCAUGAGAUYGGCCACGCUCUUGGCCUGGGCCACUCCCAGUACUACAGCGCGCUGAUGGGACCAAUAUACGGUGGAUACCGCACCGACUUCAAGCUGCACCCAGAYGAUAUCCGAGGGAUCCAGGCUUUGUACGGAAAGCCAGAGAACAGUGUUCCACCCAGAAAUCCUAACCCAAAGGGAGUCGCCACAGAUCUGUGCAAGGCCUCUCUGGAUGCAGUGAUGUUAGGUCCUUCAGAUAAAACAUACAUGUUCAGCAGACAGUACGUGUGGACGAGGUCCAGCUCUGGACACAGCUCUCCCACUGUGAUUUCUGCUCUGUGGAAAGAGCUGCCGGGGAGCCUCGAUGCAGCUGUUUAUUCACCGAGGACUGGAAAGUCCUACUUUCUGAAAGGAGACAAAGUGUGGAGAUACACUGGUUUCAAACUUGACAAAGGCUUCCCCAAACGUUUGACCAGCAUCCCUGCAAACAUUGACUCGGCCCUUUACUUUCCUAAAAUGAAAAAGCUGAUCUUUUUAAAAGGAUCAGGGUACUGGCCUUGGGAUGARAUUAGUCCUACAGACCUCCGUUCUUACCCCAGGCCCAUCAAGGAGCUUUUUAAGGGGGUCCCCAGCAGCAUUAAUGCAGCUGUAACGUGGACUGAUGGCAAUGCAUACAUGUUUAAAGGCAACCAGCACUGGCGCGUGAACCAGAGGCAUCAGAUGGUGGAGAAGAACUAUCCUGUGGACACCGCCUCUCACUGGAUGCAGUGUGAUGACUGAGCCAGCAGAGGGCAGCAGAGAUCCAACACCAACCUGAGCCACACGAUUCAUUUGAAAAAGAGAAGUGUGGGUGUGAAGGUUAACAUCUGCCUGUAUUAACUGCUGACUCAUAAUUUGUCAUGUUUCUGAGAACAUAUACCCUUCAUACUGUCAACUCCGGCUGUUAUUAUCAUAAAAACAGUCGCAGCUGUGGAUCAUUUAAAAUCAGAUGAGACAAAUAAUAAUUAUUGAUUAGAAUUUUUUUUAACAGUUACUUCAUGUAGACUGUAGCAGACUUCCACGUGUUACACUGAGGCAACUGGUGAAUGUACUAUCCUUUUGUGUGCAUAUUUCUAAUGUGGGAUAUGUGAAAAAUAUGAAAUAUAUUUUCUGGAUACAUUUUAAAACAUCAAGCUAAGAGAAGGAAACAAAAAGAUG